CAAAAUCGAUAAAUCUAGUAUCGAUUUUCAGAUAAUUGUUACAUGUACAUCCCUAGCGAAUACCAUCGAUUACAUACAAAUAUUUUUUUAAUGACUUGACAGCUAUACGACGAAGAAGAAGUUUUCGUAUUUAUUUAUUUUCCUAAAGUGUAAAAUAAAAACAUUGGUUUUAGUUUGAUUUUAGUGACUUGAUAAUAAACAAUGAGUGAUAAAGUUUGUUUAUUGUGUUUUUCGUUUUCGAAAGCUUCUUACAAUAUAAAACAUACCUAUUUGCAAAAUGUAUACGAAGAAAUAUCAGAGACCAAAAUACAAGCUGACUCUUACCCACUGUGCUACAUUUGUCAUGCGAAGCUUCGUAAGUGGGAUCAGUUAACCAAGACUGUGCAGCGACACAACACUGCAAAUCAGGCCCAAGUGAGACCACUGCUACAAUUGAGUGUAUUUAAUGCUGACAGAUCGUCGACUGCAGGACAUAUCAAUUCUAAGAAAAUCGAAAUUGAAAUAGACAUCAAGGAGUGGUAUAUCAAAAAGGAAUAUGUGGAAGGUCCAGGUCAUUACGAUAAUGCGAGCACCAAAGAUAAAGUACAGGAAAAACACAUCUCUACAGAUUUAUCAUGUAAUAAGCCUCAUGUAUGUGAUGUUUGUAAUAAGAGAUUCACUUACACUAGUAGCUUCAAAAAGCACCGACUCACAUGUACAGGCGUCAAACCUUUCCGUUGUGAAAUUUGUAGUAAAACAUUCACUCAGGCUGGCAGCUUCAAAAGACACAAAUUAACACAUACUGGCGAAAAACCUUACAGCUGUGAUGUCUGUAGUAGGUUAUUCAAUCGAAAAAGUAACUUAAAAAUGCACAAACUCACACACAGCGGUGAAAAACCUUACAGUUGUGAUGUUUGCAGUAAGAUAUUUUCUAAGAGUUCUAACUUAAAAGCUCACAAGCUAAUACACAGCGGUGAAAAACCUUAUAGUUGUGAUGUUUGUGGUAAGAUUUUUACUAAAAGGUGUAACUUAAAAACGCACAAAUUAGUCCACAGUGGUGAAAAGCCCUACACAUGUGAUGUUUGUAGUAAAAUAUUUAGUAAGAGUUGUAACUUAAGAACACACAAACUAAUACACAGCGGUGAAAAGCCUUUCAGUUGUGAUGUUUGUGGUAAGACAUUCAUUCAAAAUAGUAAUUUAAAAGCGCACAAACUUAAACACAGCGGUGAAAAACCUUACAGUUGUGAUAUUUGUCUCAAGGCGUAUAAAAGAAAAGAAAAUUUAAUUGUACACAAACUGAAGCACGGACACGACAUAUGACAAAACGAAUAGUGUCACUUUGUUCGUUAGAAAAUCUAGUACCCUGUAAAGUGUAAACGAUCAAAUUGUUUGUCAAACUUUACGUGUUCGUCAAACAAUUUGAUAGUGUACAGCUUUGUUUGAAGCGUUUGUCAAACAAUUUACGUGUUUGAGCUAUUUGAAGAAAAUUUGGAUUGGCGUAGCCGUGUUUGAAUGUGUUCCGCUGUAUUUGUCAUACAAAAUCUCAUGAUCUCAAACCGAUUCUAGCUAAUU